AUGGACGAAGUGCAAGAAACACACUCGGUAUCGAAGCCGAAGAAACGGAAUAGUGCUGACGCGGAAGAUGCAACUCCGGGUGUACGUUCCAAAAGAGGAAAGUAUACUUCCGCGGCGUGUGAUGAUUGUAAGAAGAAGAAACUCAAGUGUGUGCCUACCGAGAAUAAUAGCUGUGAGCGAUGUAUGGCUGGUAGUUUGGCGUGUACGUUUGCUACUACUACUACUAUUCAUGUCAAGGAUAAGGAUAAACCAGAAGAACAACAACCUCAGAGUCUUAAUAAUGAGUUGUCACAACUUCGGCAACAAGUUUCGGAUUUGGUGGGCAUGGUGAAAGAACUCAAAGAAAGCCAAAUCCGUCACCCACAUACACAACCACAGCUUCAUCAACCAUCACCAGCAUCAUCAACCUCCAACAUCGCUGUCAUCCAAAACGCAAACUCUCCCGCAAGUACUCGUGGACCUGUCCCCGUUCAACCCCAAUUCGUCGGACCAACACGCUCAGCAUUCGGUAUCCUCGUAAGCGAACACUCCCUGAAUCGUAUGGGUAUACCCAAAUUCGAUUCCAUGCCCCCCAGCGGUGCACAAUCACCCAUAGAACCUCAAACAAGUCAUUUAGGUUUCUGGGAUUCUUGCAAUGCGAGUGACGUUACCAAGUAUUUGGUUCUGUACCAAGAGGAAGUGGACAGUGUGUACCCGUUUGUGGAUAUCGGAGAGUACAUUGCCCAGAGCAAGGAGAUUCUACAUAUCAUCCAGGGAAAGAGAGGAUUAGAUGAGACUCUCUGCGAUAAAGAUAUCGCACUUGCCAGAGUCGCUAUGGCUACGGGUGUUAUACUCGAUGAACCAGGUGGUGUUGAAUUGAGUGCUGCUAUCGUUGAAUCUGUGGAGAACAGUGUGUCGUGUAUAGGCAGUCCCCAAGCUGACCUCAAGGAGAUUCAACUACUCACUAUGCUGAGCAUAUACUAUUUUCACUCCGGCGAAGAACUUCUCGCCUGGCGGACUAUCGGUAUCGCAGCUCGCGAAUGCCUCGAAAUGGGCCUUCAUCGCAAACGCAGUUUGUUUGAUAAUUUUAAAGAUCUUGAUACUCGGAGACUUGCUACGCGAGUAUUCUGGUGUGUCUAUGUUUUGGAUAGACGGUGGAGUUUCGGAACGAGUUUGUCGUUUGCGUUAGUCGACAAAGAUGUAGAUCCAGAUCUGCCAAAGCCGGACGAGGAAUAUCUUUAUUUGCAGUGCAUGGUUGGUUAUGGGCAGCUUUGUUCGCAGAUUUGGGAAGCGAUUCCGCCUUUUGGAUCUGCUUCGCAGAGUAUUCCUGAUGAUACUGCUGCUGCGCUCGACUUGAAGACGCAGGAUUGGCUGGAUUCCAUUCCUUCUCAUCUAAGACUUCGUCAUCCACGAUUAGGUCUUGCACCACGCACACAGCCUAGACAACCACAUCGUCUUCGAGCUCUGUUGUACCUACGCGGAAACUACAUUCGAAUUCUCAUUUACAGACAUCAUCUCAUGAGUACAGCCAGCAUUUUAGCCAACCCGCAAAGUGCAUGGCUGGUCGUCGACAUUGCGCAAGACACUAUUCAAGUUUUGGUGCAUCUGCAUGAUACGACAGAUAUUUAUUCACGACAGCAGAACGUGUUCAAUUAUUUCCUUCUCAGUGCGCUGGCAGUCAUAUUCCUGGCGGUGUGCCAUGCGCCGGAUAUGUUCUCAUCGCCGUGUAGACGGACAUUCUCUGAUGCCGUUGAGCUUGUGAGGGGUCUUUCGAGACAUAGCACUGUUAGUAAACGGUUGUGGAAUAGUAUUCGGGGUAUGAUUCCGCGGAUGAAAACAUUUGUUGGAGACCAGGAAGGAAACCAUGAAGAUGGGCCUCAAGUUGAGAAGACAGGUGAGGAUAAUCAGCUCGCACAAGGAACGACGGAGAUGGAAGACCAAAUGCCAGUACCGAUGGCUGAGAACGAGACCUUCACGUUGGACAACAUCAUGAUGACACCCGGGGACAUAUCAAGUUCCGUCCCAGAUAUGUUCCGGAUGACAAACGAAUUACUAGAUCUCUUCAACGCAUUCGGUCAAGGACAACAAUUCUUACAACCAGUACCAGGAACAUUUUCCGAAGACGAAGAUUUCACAGUUGGAACAGAGCAAGGCAAGGAUAUAUCAAUGCGAUUCCAAGGUCUUAUAUAA